AUGCGACGUAGAAAAGAUCGCGAACCUAUUAUCUUGGUUAUAGAUUUUCAUCAUGCCAGAGGCCCAGAGGUUGAGCACUGCUUCUGCAAGCAGGGAGCUGAUGUCCUUGCAAAGAAUGAUUGGUCUUUAUUACCGUUUAUGGCGCUGUCAGAUGGAGCGCAUGCCUCCACCGAGGACUUCUCGUACUUUACACUCCAGCAGAGCGCAUUGGACUCAGAGCCCGCGACCUCCCUCUUCGGAAUAUCAUGCACACGCCAGAUAGAUUCUGCAUCACUGAUCAAUCGACCUCCUGAAGUGACAAGAUCAACGGUCCAGAAAGCGGUUGUGGCUGUGAUUGAUGAACCCAGGCAUUUCGGGCAGCUGAGACAGAAGCUAUCUAUUGUUACAUCCGCGUGGUUUGCGCAGAGGGAUUUCUCGGAUACGGAUAUUUUAAAGAUAUUCCAAGAAAGCCUGGCGGAAAGUUUAGAUAAUGAUGAAGGCCAACAGGAUGGGAUCUUGGUGCUGGCAUAUAUGGGUUUACCUCUUCAGAUCUUCGGCAAGGGAAGCAUGUUUGGUCCUUAUAUACCUCUCCAGCGCCUGGAUCUCCUUGCCGAUUACGGUACGAAGUCAUACGUAGUUGGAUCCACCAAUUCCCUGUUGUUGCAGCAGAAGGACCGAUACAGUGAUAUUCUCAUCAAUCUCGACGAAAAUACGAUCAACAUCUCCUCGCCGUCGUUAAGAUCUGCCCUUUCUCUUUCCGCAGCUGAUAGGCGAUGGAUUGAUUUUCUCACACAAAGCAUCUAUGAAACCUGGGAUGACGCCCAGCCAGAGCGGCCUAAUACCCAUGGAUAUUUGGGUUCCGAAGAAUUCAUCCGUCUUCAAUUUGAAGAGUAUCUAUUAGCCCUCCUCUCUUGCGAAAAGCUCCAUCAUGAAAUACAAUGCGGUUCGGGAACUUUAUCACCAGGUUUAGAUAUUGAAGGGGACCCAGUGUCUGAGUUCGGCACACACUUCCUUGAGCGUUGGAGAACAACGCCGAACUAUGCUCUGUUCCACCGGCUCACAUCUGAUUCUCAUUUGUUCUCAAUUGUUGAGCCACGCCAUCCCUGCGCUGGCGGCCUGGGUAUUCAUGACAUUCAACGACGACUUGCCCAACAAAUAGCCGAGUUGCACUUGGAUGAGCGAGUUCGUGAGGGUCGCGAAGCUCUCAACAAGCAUUUGGCCACUGGCCAAAAGAGAGUAAACUUUGCAUUCAACAGUUUCUGGGCUGACAUAAACCAGCGCAAGAAAAACGAGCAACAACGGAGAUACUCCGAAGAAUUAGCUGGGUCUGAGUCGGUGGACAAUAAAUCAAUAUCAUCUCCCAGAACAUCGAUUUCGACGAUUGCAACCUCCAGCGGUGCAGGACCAUGGUCAUUCGGCGCCAGAAAAGCACCAGUAGUUGACAUUGCACAGGCACAAGCGACCGUCGCUGCGGCGGGACAACGUGCGUCUUCCUAUUUUAGUUCCUGGGGCGCGUGGGCAAACGAUAGGAGAAAGGAAUGGCAAGAGAAGAAAGCCAGCGGCAACAAUAGCCCGGUGUCAUCGACCACCCCAUUGGCUUUUCCUCAGAGCUUAUCCCUAACUACCACACAGAGCUCGAAUUAUCCGGGUGAUUUGGCUGGAAAAAACCGCGAGGGGGUACAGGGCAAAGGACACGAUUCUAGUGGUUCCGUGUCAAGCCCUAGCUCGAGCUUUAGCCGUAAGGGAUGGGGAAACCUACUAUGGAAGAGCAGCGGCACUCAUAGCUUCGAUCCGGAUAUUCAAAAUAAUGUUAAUCAUAACAAUAGCAGUGCGCAGAUACCUCGAGGAAGCCGAGAUUUAAACAGAAGGGAUAUUAGUAUUCCUGAUAAUGAGAACGACAGCAAUCGCACUAAUUCCAAUGCCAGGAUUGACGAUGCCAUUGCUGUCAGCUCAACAGAUAAUCCUUCCCCACCCAAGCUACCACCAACUACAUUGCCAUCGCGAGACAAGGAUUCCGUCCCACCGUCGAUGGCCAUAUCUGCGCCCAUUUCGCCACCAACCCUCACCGCCGCUGAUAAACAACAGCUAAAGGACCAGCCUCUGGAGCCGGCAAUUUCACCACUGAAUCUCGAUGAGCCGGUUCGCUGCGAUCCAUUUACGGUCGUGGACCUGUCCGCGCCUACCCAGUCGUCGUCGAAUAGUGAGGCUACGGAAGCUUUGAAGGCGGAGAAGAAGUAA